UGUUGCAUAUAUAUAUAAAUGUGUGUGUAGCAUGUAUCGUUGGCAAUGCAUUUAAUUUGUGAUACAUAUAUUGACUAAAUUGACAUUAUGGCUAGUCCACGUACUCGGCAAAUUUUAAAUCAACUUAAAGUCAAAAAUGAAAAUAACAGGUGUUUCGAGUGUGGUACACAUAAUCCACAAUGGGCUUCAGUUACAUAUGGCAUCUGGAUAUGCCUUGAAUGCUCAGGAAAGCACAGAGGACUUGGAGUUCAUUUAUCAUUUGUACGAUCUAUUUCUAUGGACAAAUGGAAAGAAAUAGAAUUAGAAAAAAUGAAAGUUGGUGGUAAUAAACUAGCACGAGAGUUCUUCGAAGCUCAACCUGAUUGGGAUUACUCUAUGUCUAUUUCUCAAAAAUAUAAUACUAAAGCAGCUGCCUUGUACAGGGAUAAGAUUGUUACAUUAGCGCAAGGAAAUUCUUGGAGUCCUACCGAAUCCAAAGUAACCGUAUUUCAAUCCCAACAACAAUCGGAACAACAAGAUCAAUCUGCUUAUCAAAAUGAUAUAACUGCCAGUUAUCAGAAUGCUAAUUCUCCUGCCAUUAAAGCUCAAACUGAAUCUUUCUUUGCUAGAAGACAAAGCGAAAAUGCUAAUCGUCCAGAAAAUAUACCGCCCAAUCAAGGAGGUAAAUACAGUGGAUUUGGUUUUCAAAUGGAAACGCCUCCUAAGAGUAUGUCUCAAGAAUUCUUUGACAAUGCUGUAUCGUCUUUAAGCAGUGGUUGGCAAUUAUUUUCUUCUAAUGCGUCCAAAAUAGCGUCUAAAGCUACUGAAAAUGCCAUUAAAAUUGGAGAACUUGCAGCAUCCAAGGUAGGAGAUUUGGGAAGGAAAGGUUGGGGCGAUAUUGGUGGUAUGAAUACAGCAGAACAAAGUCAAUAUAGCAUCGGAGAGCACUAUCAAAGCUCGCCAAAUGCUUACCAAAAUAAUAUUGACAAACAAUCAGGUUCUAAUGAAAAAUCAUCUUUAAUAACUAGCCCUAGCACAAAGAGUCCGACUACUUAUCCAAGUUCAGAUAAUUCUAAUUGGAAUUGGGGCGAUGAAUCAGAACAAUCGAACGAUACAUCAAUGGAUGUAAACUUCCCUUCAAAAAGUUAAAAGUAGGAAAUUAAUAGCACUUUAAAAGUGUCAUUUAUCUCUAUCUUCUAUGCAGAUUAAUGGAAUUCGGAAUCUACAAAUAAUUUCACAGGGUGAAAUUCAAAAAUAAAAAUAAAAAGAAAGCUAAUUGUAUUAUCUUGUAAAAAUUAUUUUAUCAAAAUUAAUAGUAUUUAAUUAUUUCUUGCAUUUAUUAUAAAAAGCAUUAGGACUCUAGUAUUGAAUAUAAAGUAUAAUUUAUUCUCUUAUAAAUUCACAUCUUUAUAAAUGUGUAACGUAUUACUUGCCGAUAUAUGCACACGUAUAUAUAGAUAUAUACUCAUUUUCCAGUAAAUGUAUCUGCUACGUAUAAUUAAUUUUAACGAUAUUUUAUGAUAAUAGAUACGCAAUAUUAAUUAA